GUCAGAUUGAACCCGUCCAUUAGCAAGUGCGACGAGCAAUUGUGAGACCAAUGGAAGGUGCAGUUCAAGUGUUGCACAUGCUUACAAUCAGGGUAAUUUCCUCACACAAUGGACUAGAGCUACACUAGUUGAUCGGGGACCGUGUGGCUUGAUCUUUACUUUUGUUUGCUAUCAAUUUUCCCAUCAGCCUCGGGGGGUUUAUCAUAGUUGCUGCUUUCUUUUGGCAAACGCCAUGCCAUCGAAUAUAUGAGGCCGCUCGUGUCCCUCUUCGGAAACAAAACUUCAAUUCCUCAUUCCAACGCUCAGGCCAAGAUUCCAACAUCCAAAUCUCUUCUUCAACUCUGCUUCCUUGUCAAUCAUCCCACAUCAAACAUUCCCGUCAAACCCGAACGGUAAACAAGAUGGCCACCCAGGAGCAGCAGAUGUCCAUUCAGGAGCAGAAGAACGCCCUGAAGGAGUCCAUGAAGAACCACAAGAACGCCUUGAAGGGCUCCUUGAAGGAGCAGCAGGCUGCCUUGGAGAAGUCCCUCAAGGAGUCCACUGAGGCCGCCAAGGAGCAGGCCUCGGGAUUCAUCGCCUUCUUGCAGCGUCAGCUUGACCGCGUCGUCAGCCCCGAGACUCGCGACCAGGCCUACGAGCGCAUGCAGGAGUUCGCCAAGGAGCGUCCUUUCCUCUUUACCUUCUUGGUUGCCCAGGCUCUCACUUGCGCUGUGCCUGUCGCUCUCUUUGCUGCCUUCACCUCUUCGGUUUUUGUCCUCUCGCUCGGAGCUGCUGUCCUGUUCUCGCUCUUCUGGCUCGGCGUGGCUGUUAUGGUUCUGGUCCCAACCCUGUUCGUCACUGUCACCAUCGGCGCCGUCCUGUUCUGCUGGGCUGUCGUCAUUCGGUUCGCAUACAACACCCUGCCCGCCGCCAUGAAGAACUUCUUCGCCGGCUCGCGUGAGGUCGCCGAGGAGAAGUACACCGACUACUCGGACGCUCUCAACAGGGCCAAGAAGGCCAUCAAGGACAGCGCCAACCGCAACGGCACCAACGGCACCUACACCAACGGUGCCACCAACGGUACCCACGAGGGCUAAAUUCGCCCUUGAGUCGCCUAUGUCGGGAGGCUUUCAUGAGACCUUCAAGCACAAGGAAGGAAGCCUCGUUCACAGACUGCAACGACCACUGGAUUGCGAGGAUACAUCUCGGCAGUUGCAAAGAUGUCAGUUCCUUGAAAAAUUAGUUGGUACAGCUGGUGCAAUUGAUAGACGGUGAAAAUUAGGGUCUGAGGGUUUCAUUUUCUAGCGCGGUCUCUCUGUUUACGCAAAGGAUAUCUCAUGCAGGAUUGAUUGGGGAACCUCGGGACAGAAAAUUUGAUGCAGUAUUUUUGGUCAAAGAUGAUCCACUACAGCGGUCACCCCACGGAUGGCCUGGAUAGUUGGCUCAAUCGUCAUUGCGGUGUUGGUACAGGUACCAUUUACCAUACACUCAUUAAUAAAAUGGAAGCGAUAUCCUUUCAAUGACAACAAAAACAAACAUGUCGACUCUG